UCGCACAGUAUUAUGUCAAAAAUAAAAAUCUACAUUCGAGGAAGUCAGAAGGGUACUGUAGCUAAAGCUAGAAGAGUGGAAUAAGACAAAUAUUGUCGUUUGUCGAAAAUAACCUCUAUCGAAAACCCCUGAAGACCACUGCAAUGGCCGAGGAAAACAUCUUCCUUUUCGUUCCGAAUUUGAUCGGCUAUGCUCGCAUCGUGCUGGCUCUGCUUGCCUUCUACCUGAUGCCAUGCUGUCCCGUACCAGCUGUGUUCUUCUACCUGCUCAGUGCCCUCCUGGAUGCCUUUGAUGGGCACGCCGCCCGCGCCCUCAACCAAGGCACUAAGUUUGGUGCGAUGCUGGACAUGUUGACAGACCGCUGUGCCACCAUGUGUCUCCUGGUCAACCUAGCUCUGCUUUACCCCUCCUACACCUUCCUCUUCCAGAUCAGCAUGAGCUUGGACAUCGCCAGCCACUGGCUGCACCUGCACAGCUCAAUGAUGAAGGGAUCCACCAGCCACAAGGCCAUUGAUCUAUCUGGAAACCCCAUUCUUCGCCUCUACUACACUUCCCGGCCGGUGCUGUUUGUCAUGUGUAUGGGGAACGAGCUCUUCUUCUGCCUGCUCUACGUCUCCUACUACAUUGAGGAACCCCAUGUGUGGCUGCAGUGGCUGCUUGGUGUCUGUGCCGUGGUGUGCGUGCUGAAGUCUGCCAUCAGCGUUCUGCACCUGAUCACCGCCUCCAGGAACAUGGCUGCCAUCGACGUGUCCGACCGCGAGAUGGAGAGGAGCAAGGCCGAGUGAGAGAAGGAGAGGGGUGGGGGGGCGCUCUUAAUCCCUUGGUACGUGUGUAGAUCUGAGAGGAUGGGUGUAACGAUUUGGGAACCAAUCCACCUUGUCCUCUGAUAGGCUAGGUCCGGCUUUUUCCCCCUACGUUUUACACCGACCCGAUCCUCUCGGAUCUACUUGAAUGCCUAGGGGCUAGAGGUCGAGUUAGGAUAAGGCAAAGAAGAGGGGGAGAGAGAGGGAGGGUGUAGGAGGCUGUAGAUGGGUGCUUCUCAAUAGUCUAAAGUGGCUUCCUUUCCUCAUGUCCUUUCCUUCCAUCUGCGCUGAUCUGAAAACGAGAGAUUGGUGAAAAUAGUAUGUCGGAUGCCUACUAGUCAAUACUGCUUACCCAUCCAGUUAUUUCACAUCAGACGAGAGAAAGGAUUGGAGAUGAGGAGAGGAAGCCACUAGACUAUUGAGAUGCACCCUGUGUCCCAAAAAU